AUGCUCUCGGUCUACCUUGGUUGCGUGCAAGCUUCGGCCGCCGACGUUCCGUCGCGACCAGUGCCGUCCGAUCGGACCCACCGUCGCAGGAAUGCUCAGGCCGACGGCCGGCCGGAUCCAGCCCUGAUCGGUCUCGGCGUCGACGGCGUCAAGCGCUGCGGCGCCUCCGACCUGGCCGCUCACGCCCUGGAGCGGGGGGGGGAAGCGCCACGGAAAGGCUGCACCAAACCUCAUUCCUCGGCGGCAAGAAUGGGCAAGAGUCUGCGGGCGCUCGUGCUCGCCACCCUCGCGUCGACCCUCGUGGUGCGGGCGGCUCAGAUACCGCAGCCGCGUCAGGGGCCGCCGGACAUCUACUGGUGCAACGCGCUCAACACCAACGACGUCGAGCAGACGUGCUACUGCUCCAAGUUCUGGGAGGUGGGCUGGGAUGGCAUCGAUCCGACGUACAAGUACAUCUUCGACAUCGAGUUCAAGACCGACGACCAUCUGGCCUCGCUAAACGCCCUCUUCGACGGCAUGGAGCGUGCCGUCCGCGAGGGCAAGGACGCCUACUCGACCAACGUCCAGGCCCUCUACCAAGGCUCGCAGUCGACCCACAACCUGACCAUGCAGCUGAGCCCCAUCGACUGGCGAGACUGGUCGACGCUCAACAAGGUGGGCGCCAUCCGGGCCUUUCGACGGGGGUCGUACGAAAAACGUCGCCUCGUCGGGAACAUCAAGUGGCUCGUGCGAACCGACACGCAGUUUUGGAACUGGACGCCGGAACACUGCUGGCGGGACACCCAGUGCGGUUCGUUCAACAACUGCAACUUUGCCGAGGGUGGCUACAUGUCCGUCCUCGUCGGCUGGGGGUGGUAUUCGUAG